AUCGCGGGUAGUUUUGUGCAUGCGCGGAGGGGAGGCACGCAGGCGCGCGGCGGCCGCGGCAGUCGCAUGCCAGCCGUCGCCGCGAGCGGACGUGCCCGCCGCCCUUUGCUUCAGCCGCGGCGUCAACACGCGAUAAAUGGCGCCCCAACCGGGACCUCCUUCACGCGGGUGAUUUGUAGGGGGUAGCGGUCGGCCGCGCAUAUCACACAUGCUGACGAUAUGGAUACAGUAUGGCCGCGGCACAUUGGCUCAACUCGCUCGGAUGCCUGUCUCUGUCCCUGCUCUGCCUCUUCGCCACUACUCUUCAAGUCACAAGCGUGACCGCGGCCGAGCCCCCGCAGCCCGCGGGCGCCGCCCUCGCCGAUGCCCCGCCCACUAAGCUUCCAAAGUGCGACCGCACGUUCGUGAGUCGCGGCGGCGCCACCAACGGCACCUUCCACGCGCCGGAGCUGGUGAACCCCAACAACCAGUCCCGCCAGUGCCUCUACACGUUCCUGGCCGCUCCGGGGCAGCGCGCGCUCGUCUCCUUCCGCACCUUCGACCUGCGAGGGAAGCCGCCAGAUGGCGCAGCCGUGGGGGAGCUUCCAACAUGCAUGCACGAGUACAUGGACAUCUACUCGGAGAUGGCGUCGCUGGAGGCGGGCGAGCUGGUGAACUCGGCGUUCGGCGGGCGCUACUGCGGGCCCAUCCCGCCCCGCCGCCGCGUGUCGCUGCACCGCGCCGUGGCGCUCUCCUUCUUUACCGACAACAACUACACGCCGCCCACGCUCUUCACCGGCUCCUAUGAGUUCAUUAAUUCUUCGGAAUUCGAAGUGGGCACCCCCAUCCCGAACACCAUGUGCUCGUUCCUGAUCGAGGCGAGCAAGCGCAAGACGGGGCUGCUGCUCUCGCCCACGUACCCCGGCAUCUACCCCAAGGACGUCACGUGCAACUACCAGUUCGUCGGGCAACCGGGGCAGAGGAUCCGACUGGAGUUCCGAGAUUUCGACCUGUUUUUCGGCGGGCCGCAUUGCCCGUUCGACUGGGUGCGCGUGUACGACGGGCCGGACAACACGUCGGCCGUGAUCGGCACGUACUGCGGGCAGCAGCGCAACCUGGUGCUGUACUCCAGCGACGAGCGGCUGCUGGUCACGUUCUUCUCACUGCCGCGCGCGGCCAACACGCAGAACCGCGGCUUCAAGGGCAUCUUCGAGUUCUCCGAGAGUUUUGUUAAGUUAGAUUUUAUAAGCAAACACGACGCCGAGCACAUCCGAGGUUCCGAGUGCGACCAGAAGAUCCUCAGUAAAAAGGAGUCCACGGGCUUCGUGUACCAUCCAAAUUAUCCAUUCCUCUAUAUACAAAAAGUUGUUUGUAGAUAUUUUAUAUAUGGCAUGCAAGACUCACAAAAUUUAGAAAGGGUGCGAUUAGAGUUCCAGAAUUUUUCUAUACCGAAAGGAGACAAACCGAAACCUGACACAAACUGCCCGGACGGCUACCUGAAGGUCUACCUCCGCGGCCAAGAGGCCACAGACUCUUACGACAAGCAUGACGCGGAGCUGUGCGGGGAGGGCGCCGCCGGCCCGCCCGCCUUCCCGCCCCCGCUCAUCUCUGACGGACCCCGCCUCGUCAUGGUGUUCAGCUCGGGCGAACUGCAGGGACGGGGGUUCAAGGCGAAAUAUACUUUUGAGACUGAAUACCGGGUCCCAGGCACAGCGGCACCGACUGGCGAAUGCUCGUUCACGUACCGCUCCGAGGCGAAGAAACGCGGCGAGUUCAACUCCCCCCGCUACCCCUCUAACUACCCCUCGUACAUGAACUGCACGUACACUCUGGAGGCGACGCCCAAUGAACAGGUCACGGUCGUGUUUGAUCACUUCAAAGUGAGGGCUGACGCGUGGAAUGCGACUGCUGGACUUUAUGGCGGCGCCACCUGCAGCGAGGACUGGGUGGAAGCGUGGUGGACGGGGCGCGAGGGCUCCCGGGUGCCGCUGGGGCGCUGGUGCGGGCUCGCCACGCCCGGCCCGCUGCAGUCGCCGCGCGGAGCCCUGGGGCUAAGGAUAGCCCUGCACACGGAUUCGGAGAAUGUGGCUUCGGGGUUUAAAGCCAGAUAUGUGUUUGAGCCAGCCAAGUCCAUAUUCGGCGACUGCGGCGGCAACAUGUCCGGCGCGGAGUGGGGGGUCAUAACCUCCCCCCGCUUCCCUCUUUCCUACGAGCCCCCGUCAAGGGGCGCCGCGUCCCGGGUGUGCAACUGGUUCGUGACUGCGAGGCCCGGGAAACGAUUAUUGCUCAACUUCGAACACUUUGCCGUGGAGGGGCAUCUCACUGAGCGCGGCUGCCCGGCGGCGGUGCUCAGGCUGUGGUACGAGAGCCCCGGCCCGCCGCUCGAGCUGUGCGGCGAGAAGGCGCCCGCCGACCGCUGGCAGUACCUCUCCUCCUCCAACUCUAUACGAUUAUCAUUUAUAAUAGCGGACAAGUCAGUAGGCGCGGCGGGAUGGCGCGCGGUGUGGACGGAAGUCACAGUGCCGGAAGCGGGCGCGUGUCCGCCCAACAUGGCGGCGUGCGCGGGGGCCUGCCUCCCCCCCGCCGCCGCCUGCUCCGCGCUCGCGCACUGCGCCGGCGCAACGCAAGAGCGGCCCAAGCACUGCGCCGGCAUCAGCGAGAUCACCGCGGAGUGGGGCUGGGCGUGGUGGUGGCUGAGCGGGGGCGGCGCGGCGGCGGCGGGCGGGGCGGCGGCCUGGCUGCGGCGCCGCCGACGCCGCCCGCGCCGCCCGCCGCCGCCGCCGCGCCCGCCGCCCCGCGCCCGCCCCGCGCGCCUGCCCGACGCCUGCGCCGCGAGGCUCGCCGCGCUCGACACCGUAUGACGACGCGCCCGCGCCCUGACCGCGCCCCACACUCACAUAGGGAAAUACACUACCUAACUUUAACAUA